AUGAGGCUUUUCAACUAUCUCCGACCCCGACGCGAACAGCCCACGGCGGUAUUGACAGAUGAGGUCAUACCAAUCAAUGGACUGUUUCGAUAUAUGGAUGGGACGAUGGAGUUGGCCUUCAAAUUUGACGAUGUUUUGGAGCCCGACAAAUUACGCCAAUCCCUGGAGCGGUUAUUGCAGAUAGGAAAUUGGAGGCAUCUGGGUGGACGUUUACGCCGCAGGAAUGAUUCCGAAAGCCAGGAAUUCGAGCUUCAUAUUCCUGCGCAAUACGAUUCCGCUCGUCCUGGUUUCAUCUUUAGAACAUCAGAGUGGGAUGGCAGUAUCACUGACCAUCCUGUCUGCUCGCAAUUGCCCAGAGGAACGAACAACCUCACCUUUCUUGGCUCAUCACAGAUCCUUGGGCCUCUGAUACACAGAGCAGAAGAUCCCAGGGGAAUUGAUGACUUAAUCUACACAGACUCCCCCUCGUUGUUCUUUGACCAGAUCAACUUUUCGGAUGCCACAUUGAUGCUCGUGACAUUCCCACACUACCUUAUGGACGUGAUGGGAUAUGUUACCUUUCUAAAUGCUUGGAUAUCUGUUCUCCAUGGCCGCGAAGACGAAGUUCCUGAAUGCCGCACCUUUAUUGAUGAUUGUGUUACUCGCUUGGCCAGCAAAACCCAUGCGGAGAAGUACAUGUUUUACUACUCUGCUGUGCAAGGGCUUAACAAGAUUUUUUACAUAUUUCGCAUCAUUUGGGAUAAGAUUUGGUAUCCCGAAGUGGAAUAUCCGACGGUUUGCAUCCCGGGGUGGUUUUUAAAUCGCUUAAGAAAGGAAGCCCUUACCGAGCUGGCACUAAAGUCCAGCCAGGAGAAUAACGAUACACAUUUUGUUAGCGAGAGUGAUGUGCUUCUGGCUUGGCUCACGAAAACAUUGGUGGCUGUCGCUAAACCAUCGGAGCGCAAACCACUCGUGCUCAUGAAUGUCUUUGAUGUUCGUUCAACUGUACUUCCCCCCAAAAUCGCCUAUAUUCUGAACGCUGUCACGUUCGCAUACACCAUACUGCCUGUCUCGCAGGUCUAUACCCAGCCUUUGAGUUUUUUGGCAGCUCAAAUCCGCCAGUCCCUGGAAAAGCAACGAAAUAACGAACAGAUCGAGGCCCAGCUUGCAAUGUCGAAGAUUUUUCAUGAGAAGACUGGCUCCCCGCCCAUGAUUGGGACGCGAGACAUGUUCAUGAAUAUGUGGUCUAAUUGGAGCAGAGCAAAUUUCUUCCAUCUCGAUUUCUCACCAGCCGUUCGGAAUGUCUCUGGUGCUCGAGAUAAGAGAGUUAAUGGGCUAGGUGUUCCUUCUUGCUUCCUCAACACUACCCCGAUGAACAUAUUCUGGCAUGGCGGUGGAAUUAUUUUUGGAAAGGACUGCUCUGGGAACUGGUGGCUUCAGUGGUCUCUCAGAAAAGGGGCUAAGGCCAAAAUCGAGGAGCUAUUCAAUUCUAUAAACCAAGAGCAUUGCAGUAGCUCCUGA